AUGUAUAUUUAUAUCUUUACUAUUAUACUAUUUACUACAACUAUAACAAUAUCAAGUGGACAAAGUGGAUUUGAAGCACGUGUCCUAAGGCUUGGAAAUAUUGAUAGACUCUGUGAGACAGCCAUCCCUAUGCAGAUCAACAACAAUGACCACUAUGUACUAAGUUAUAUUAGAUAUAUUGAUGUUUACAAUACAUCAUAUCCAUCCAACUACACUGAAGGUUCGACAAUAACACCAACAAGUAGUUAUAUUAAUUUGAAUGCUAAAGAUAAUGUAGCUGCUUGGUCAUCGACCAAUGUCGGUGAUGUGAUCUACUCAAUCACUUCAUUCAAUAUACUAUGGAGUAAUCUUUCGGAACCAUUCACAUCUGGCACCAUACCAUUCACAAAUGGCUCCAUACCAUUAGAUAUUAUAUCUGAUGGAGCAUUCACCUUUGUGGGCAAAGACGAUACCAAAGUGUUCAUAAUCGACUCGAUCCACAAGAAGUUAUACUACUUACUGAUCAACAUCACUACAAAUGAUAUCCCCUCUACACUAUCAUCAAUCGAUAUCAAUGAUCUCGUAGAAGGUGGAUGGACUUUUGCACAAGAUAAUAAGAAUGGUUUACUAUUCGUUGCAGAUACUAAUGGUAGCAUUGCUACAUUCAACAUGAAUAAUCUGACUAUUCAACCAACCAUAUUCAAGAAUAGCUCAUUGCUAAACAUUGGUGCAAUGACAAUGGAUACAACCAAUUGUCUAUUGUUCAUCUGUGCCAAACAAAAGAACUAUGCUAGUACCAUGCACAUACUAAAGUACUCGGCGACAGCAACAACGAUGUCUACGAUCUCAACUCUAUCCUACAACAUGACAAUCUCAACCAGCGGAUUAUUAUAUGAAUGUGCCGCUGCCGCCUACGACCCAGUCCAAGGUCAGAUAUUCUUCAUCGGCACCGACGAUAGUGGAUUGGCAGUAAUUGGAGCUGGUACAAGAGCAGGCAUGAAGACCAACUUCAUAUCAUUCUUUAGUGACAUUCCAACAUCAGUUUAUUCUGAUGUGAUUGGCCGCUCAAUCAACACAUCCAACAGCAUCCUGACAUUGGUCACCAGCAGAGACUAUAUCGAGUUGACCUACAAGACAAUCUGCGAUGACGACUGCAAUGGACAGGGUAGUUGUCUAAUGGGCGUGUGUCAUUGUAACUCGAACCACUCGGGCGACACUUGCCAGAUCAAUUUGUGCUUGUCCAACUGCUCUGGGCAUGGUGUCUGCAAGGGUGGUGAGUGCCAAUGCGAGCCAAACUAUCAGUCAACGGAAGACUGUAGUGUAUUUGGUUGCUACAUGAAUUGUAGCAAGCAUGGUGAUUGCAUUACAGAGCAGUCAAACGGUGGCAAUCAAACCUACUUGUGCCAUUGUCAUGAUGGCUUUACAGGUCUUUAUUGUGAGUUAGCCGUACCUGUUAUCCCAAUAACAAACACUACUACAAUAACUGCUACUACUACUACAACAACUGCUACUCCUAUUACUACCACAACAACAAACGUGCCAUCAGGUGGCAACAUAGAUCAUUGGUCAUGUAUCUGUCUCAUUUUGUCCGUUGCAAUGACACUACUCACU